AUGCCAUUUCUUAAACUGACCCCUUUGCAGUCGCGCUUCGCUGCUACAUUCGCCGCUACCCUUUUCCUCUUCGCUUUCUACUACAUCAUUUCGACGAACUCUGGAAGUUUCGCCUACGCCCUUGAUGAAGUCGAUCAAUUAAUAAUGCAGCAGACUGGUGCUGAUGCUGGUGUUGGUGUUAGUAACGAGCAUCCUGUUGGCGCGGAGUGGAAUAAUGAGAUUGAAGACGAGAUCGAAAAUGAGAACAAAGAGGGUUAUGAUGGCUAUACCCUUAAGCGUGCUGUCACAGCGCCAACCGCGCUAGGCAAUAAUCAAUAUAAACUACUCAACAUCGAGUUGGGCGAAACACAGUACUGGGUUUUCCCCAAGGAUUCAGUAUUAGGGGCGCACACAUCAGCAACAAAUGAACUUCCAGCCAAUAUCACAGACACAAAUUCGACUGAUACCGCUCUCUCUGCUGAUGAGGUGAAUCGAUAUGAAUUGAGGAAACGGUCAAGCACGGUGUACAUUUCAUUGACGACGUGUCUGAAGCCAAGUCUUAAUACCAGCAAUGCAGAUGCGGCGCAAGAUACUCAACUUCCCCCGCUGACAAUCUAUAUAUCUACGUCGGAGAACAAUACGAAUCCUGGGCCUGGACAGGACUCUUCUCUGCAGACCGAAUACACUACGGAGCAAGGAUACAUGAGCGCAACUAUUGACAAUGCGGACAGCGCUAUCUAUAUUGGAGUCUCGGCGCCGAAUACCACGCUUUUUACUGGUAUAUAUAACUACGAGGUGGCAGCAUCAAUAGACGCAUAUUUCCAUUCUAUAGACAACGACACGAAUCUCUACUUUGUCGAUUCUGAUGUCAACGCUGCGCUUCUCAUCACAAACAACUUGACGCAAUCGUCCCCUGAUUCUCAGAAUUACCAAGAGUGGAUGAAUAUCACCCCUCCAUACACCAUUUUCGCGAACAACAUCAAUAAUACUGGCAUAGCCGGGUUGGAGCGUUCAUAUUGCGCGUUGAGUCAGUUGGCACAAAUUCGGCAAGGGAAUAAUGCGGUCAAUAGAUCGAUGACGAGCCGAGGAAUGGGCAAUAAGCCCAAGGAGCAAUUUUAUAUCACGUAUUUAAAUAGCAGUUCAACCUACUAUGGUAUUCUCGGUUUGGGCAGAAACUCGACUGCGUCAGAGAAUGGAGUGGUCGGUGGAGGAGGGAAGAUAUUUACGGCAAUGAAUUUUACGACUAAAACUGACAACAACUGCGCCCUCCUCUACAACCUCGACUUCUGCUCCGAAGUCGCCUACGCCGUUCCCUCCAACCCCGAUAUAAGCAACGCAGCGCUGGCGCAACUCUACGACUCCUAUGCCCAAUCUUACUACCAAAGCUUCGACUACUCCCUAUCCCUAAUUCAAUGCAACACCUCCUCCGUAAACUCCUAUUCCCUCGCCGUCGGCUGCUCCGACUGCGCCUCCGCCUACAAGCAAUGGCUAUGCGCCGUUUCCAUACCGCGAUGCUACGACUGGUCCAGUAACUACUCUUACCUCAUGCCGCGCGAUGCCGGACAACCAUUUCUCAACGGCACCCGUCUACCCGCCGACGACCCCCUGGUUCUAUCGCCGGUUACGAAUCAGUCGCGCAAUCCGAUGAUUGAUUCCAAAAUCAACCCCGGUCCGUAUAAGGAGAUCCUGCCUUGUUAUGACCUCUGCAGCGAGUUGGUGCGCACGUGUCCAUCAGCGCUGAGUUUCAAGUGUCCCACGGGCAAGUGGUUGAAUGAUUCGUAUGGUCAUCGCGCUGCGAAUGGUGAUAUCACGUGCAGUUAUCUGGGCGCGGCGUAUUAUUUGAAUGAUGCUUUUAGGCUAUUGUCACCUGGUAUAGAUCUGGCGUUAAUUAUUAGUGGGUUGUGGAUGGUGUUUUGGGUUGGCUUCUAG